CAGCUCAAUAGUGUAGUAAACCUCCUCACCACUAGACUGCUGUAGUGAGUCAUUCUCAAACAGAACAUCCUGUGAUCAGACGAGAAUUCAACAGCGCAGCACUCAAGGCGGUCACACCAAAAAUAAAGACAUGUCUGAACCACGAGCCUACAAGAAUCCCUAUCAAGAUUACACUGGGCCUGGAUGUGCACAAGACCUGUUUGACAUGCAGGGAAAUUUGACCCAGCAUUUUGCCAGCUGUAUAAGCAGUAAGAUCAGUGAGUUUCUGGCAGUUAUGGAGAACGGACUGAAGAAUGCUGACCCCAGAGACUGUACUGGCUACACCGGCUGGGCAGGCAUUGCCCUGCUUUACCUGCAUCUCCACAGUGUGUUUGGAGACACCGCUCUCCUCCAUAAGGCUCUGGACUAUGUCAGCUACAGUCUGAGGAGUUUAACCCAGCGCUGGGUGACCUUCCUGUGUGGGGAUGCAGGACCACUGGCUGUAGCAGCGGUGGUCUAUCAUCGACUCCAGAAACCUCAUGAGGCUGAGGAGUGUGUCAACAGGCUGUUGCAGUUUCACCAGGCCGUAGUGCAGGGGAUAGGCAGGCUUCCUGACGAGCUGCUCUAUGGCAGAGUGGGCUACCUUUACUCCCUCAUCUUCAUUAACCAGCAAUUUCAGCAGGAGAAGAUCCCCAUCCAAUACAUUCAACAGAUCUGUGAUGCUGUGCUGGUGUCUGGGCAAACAAUGUCUCAGAAGAACAAGAUCCAGGAUCAAACCCCUCUAAUGUAUGAGUGGUAUCAGGAGGAGUACGUGGGUGCCGCUCAUGGACUGGCAGGGAUCUAUUACUACCUGAUGCAGCCUGGGUUUGUUGUCGGCCAGGAAAGGGUUUCCUAUCUAGUCAAACCCAGUGUGAACUACAUGUGUCAGCUGAAGUUUUCAACGGGAAAUUACCCACCAUGUGUCGGGGAUUCUCGGGAUCUUCUGGUGCACUGGUGUCACGGCGCUCCUGGAGUUAUCUACAUGUUGAUACAGGCUUUUAAGGUGUUUGGUGUGAGGCAGUACCUGGAGGACGCACUGCAGUGUGGGGAGGUGAUCUGGCAGAGAGGUUUGUUGAAGAAGGGCUACGGCCUCUGUCAUGGAGCCGCUGGAAAUGGUUAUGGCUUCCUGGCCCUUUACAAAAUCACCCAGGAUCCCAAACACCUCUACCGAGCUUGCAUAUUUGGAGACUGGUGCAUGAAUUAUGGAAAACAUGGCUGCCGGACUCCAGAUACACCAUUCUCACUGUUUGAAGGAAUGGCAGGCACAAUUUAUUUCCUGGCUGACUUGCUGCAACCAGCUAAAGCCAAGUUCCCUGCUUUUGAGGUGUAAAGUGCCUCAUUCCAGUCUGUUCCAGAUGACUGAGCUUUUUUGCUUAAGCUUCCUUGGAAGAACGCGUCCUCUGUUGGUGGAAUAGUACUGUCUCACUCUGCAUGUGCAUCUGCUUGCCGCCGGUCUUACCCAAUUCACACAAAGUUUUAUGAGAGGUCCUGUACAUGUGAAGAACAGCAGGUUUUUUUUUUUCUUUUUUUUUUUUUUCUUUUCGUUUUUUUUCAUGUCAGUGAAAGUUGGACAGGAAUCAGGCUGUAUAGAUUAGGGUAAAUUUGGAACCAUGAAGGGAAGCCGUUUUAAUAAAUUCAAUAUGCUUAACAGAUUGCAUUGAUUUUGUUUGUGUAUUUUUAAUGUUGCGUGUUUGUUAGUAUUAUUUUAGUUAAUAUGACUCAUUAAAAAUGAAUUAUUCUGAUGUAUACGUUAGGAACAAUUCUGAUAUGACAGCAAGGUAAAGUUUAACAUCUUUUUUGAAUUAAGUGACUGCUGUAAGUUAACACUAAAAUACAGUGUUGAUACGCUUUCUGUAACAUUAAUGCUUUGUUUUUUGUGAUGUAUUUUUCCUUUUUUUUCUUUUCUUUUUUUUUUUAUCUCUUGGUAAUACUAGUAGUUAAAUCAGAGGAUGUGUUGCAAACGUUUUUUUUUUAGGUGGUGGAACAGUCUGUUAGCAUUUGCUUUUUUUCAUCAUAAUUUGUACAUUUUCAUCUGCAAAAUAAUAAAAAAGGAAAACCGUGCUAUGUCUGUUAACAUUCUCUAAUAUUAACUGUCAAGUCUUCUGUCGGUGACUGCCACAGCUAUGUUCCUCCACUAGGUGGCGCUAUAAAACAAUUUAAUUUAAUGAUUUUGUGCAUCUCUUUAGGAAGUCAAUGACCUUUUCAUUUAGCUGUAUUCUUUGUGACCCUUAUUUUAUUUGAAAGUGGGCAAUGAAAGGAAAUGAAAUCCACUGACCAAAAUGUAGACUAGCACAAUUUAGUUCUCAUUCCAGAGGUCUUUGUGUAUUAUAGUUUGUGAUGCUUUUGUAGGUUUGUAAAUUGUGAGCCAAUUGAUUAGCGUGUAGCAUCUUGAAACUUUAACUUUUUUGAUGUUCCAACAGUCUGACCUUAAGAACUUGAUUCUGGGAAACAUUUGAUGUACCAGUGCACUGCCUCGUUGAUCAGAGUAGUGACAUGUUUGGCUUUUGUCAUAGUGCUAAAGGAAUUGUGUUCAGCAAAGAUGCAUUAAAUUAUUUAAACCUUGUUUAAAUAAAAAAAGAAA